AUGAAGAUACAACUUUUUGUACUUUCAAUUAUUUUAAUAAGUGGAAAUGAAUGUGUUUUAAAAAGAUAAUCUUGCAAAGACUUAAAUACUAAAAAAUAAUGUAAUAAUACAGACGAUAAGGCUUUAUAAUGUUACUGGAACAACUCUUGUUUCAAUAAUAAAUAUUAAUCUUGUUAUUUAUUCUUGACUGAAUCAGAGUGUUAAGAGAGUAGUGAAUAUUUAUGUUAUUGGUAAAAUGGAUAAUGUAUAAAAAACAAAAAGUAUUAUUAUUCUUAAAAAGUUGAACUGAAAAUAAUAUAUGUGAAAAUAUUGAUAAUUAUAUUGAUUGUAGUCAUACAGAGAGAAGAUAAGAAUAAUUUUGUACAUGGAAGCAUGGACGUUGUUAAACUAUUUAGAAAUGUUCUGAAAUAACAGACUUUAAAUAAUGCAGAAAUGCUCAUAUUAGAGAGAGGUAUACAAAUUGAUAAUUAAUAAAAGAUGUCAAUAUGUGAUUAAUAAUGUAGCCUCUAGUCAAGAGAAAGAAUAUAUCUAUAUAGCAGAUAUUUUUGAUUAUAAUAAUUGCAGAGAAGAAGAUUGUUUAUUUAAAACAUAUACUUCUUGUCCUGAAUUUAUUAAUGGAAGAAGAUGUUUCUUAAAUUCAGGAUAAUGUACAUAAUGUUCUUAUUAAACAAAUCCAUAGGAUUGUAUAGUCACAAAAUAAUGUACUUGGUAAAGUUCUGAAUGUUCAAACAUUUUGUAAUAUUUUAUAUCCAUAUUAUUUAAGGUGUUAUUAAAUCACAAGUAAAAGAUUGUGUAAUUAAAUCAACUAUUGUCAAUAUGAUUUUACUACUUAAAGUUGCUAAAUCAAAAAUAUAGAUAAGACUAGUCAUUGUUAUAAUUAUAACAUUAGUUCUGAUCCCAUUAAAACAAAAUAUAAUAGUUUUUUUGGUUUAUGA